AAAAAUAAAUUGACUCCGGGAAACUACUAAUUGAUCAUUGGAACAGUAUUUACGCCUACGAUUUACAUAAAAUGAUCAUGUUUACCAUGUGAUCUAUACUCACAACAAAAUGGCCACGUUGUAUCGUGUUAUUAGAAAUAUUGGGAAAAAUGUAGCGACAGUAACACAAAAUAGAAAUAUUUCAUUAUCUGCGACUUCGCGUAUCAAAGAAAUUAUUGAGAAAAAAGAGGGAAAAACUUUAACUAUUGAAGCCGUGAUAAAACCUGAUGAAAACGAGAAACUAUUUUUAAAACCCAAAAAUGGAGCAUGUCCUAUCUGUUCCUCUGGUCUUGAUAUUAAGCACACAGAUGUCCUUAUACUGAAUCAAUUUGUCAGAUCAGAUGGUUGUAUAUUACCACGUAGGAUUACUGGUCUCUGUAAGGUACAACAGAAAAGGAUUAGUUCAUUGAUAUUAAUGGCCCAAGCUGCAGGAUUGAUGCUAAAACGAGCUCCUAGUGGUGGUCUCCUUAAUCCUUUACAGAGAAGAAAGUGGAAGAAGUUUAACACAUACUUUGAUGAAAGAACUAUCAGAGCUAGAUAUAUGUAAUACGUUAUAAUAAAUGCAAUUAGUCAAAUA